CACGUGCAUUUUAUUUGCUAAAUCAGCCUGGCUUCCUUCUUAAUUACAUGUAUCAUUUAUUCCCCCCGCCCCGUGCCCUUUGGCUCACGCCGCAUGCUUUGCCUCCGUGCCUGGUACAGGGAUGGGCUCUGGGUCUCCAGGAGACCACACUGCAGGCCCGAGGCCUCCCUUCCCUGCACACCCAGGGCUGGCUGCCGCCUCUCACCUCUCUCUUUUCAAGCAGCGGGCUCUCACCUGGGGAGGGGCUCGGCCCCCUCCAGAUGUGUCUUCUCUGAUACCGUGAUGGGGGCUGUCCUCCUCCUCGGCCAGCCCUGCCUCUACCGGGCGGAGAGCCGUCCCCUCACUGCCCGGUGCUGGGAGAGCCGUCUCAAGCCUUCCUUUCCAUUGCGGGCUCUAGACGUGUAGUAUUUUGCGAACCUCCGUCACAUCUGGGGGCCUCCUCUUGAUUGAUAUUUUUGUUUCAGGGCCACUUUCUGAGUGUGACCAUUUGGUCUUAGGCUUGCCUGUUCAUGGGGGUGGGGUGGCCCCAGGAGGUGGGAAAGAGCUGUACCAUGCACACGGAACCCUCUAGAGCCCCCAGGUCCCACAGCCUCAGGCAUGCGAGCGGGUAAGAUUCCUCAGACACAGGACGUGAACGUGGAAUGUGUAUGAAGGUAGCGGUCUCAUUCCUCAAAACUCGGAUUUAUUUCGAAGGUACUUGUAAGUGAUCAAGUAAUUGUAGCCUUCAGGGAAAGACUGGGGAGGGGGGAGUGGACAUUGGUGAGUGAGGAAGGCUUGGAGCUCUGUGAGGGUUUGAAAAUUCAUAUCCCCUUUAAUGAUUAAACUGGCACAGUCUUUAUUUGGAUGUUAAAAGCUUUUUCUUACAUUGCAAACAUUCUCAGCAAAUUUACAGUCAGAUAUUUGGAAACAGCUAACACUUAAAAAAAAAAGGAGGAGGAGGGCCUGUUUGAACUAGGGAACAAAAUGAGUGGGAAUGGCUCAAAAGACAGGACUGACCCCAACACCAUUAGCUGGAGAAAAAAAAAAUUCCAUUUCAUUGCAACUAUGUUAUUGUUUACUUUACCAUACACAUCCUAAUAUGGUUACCUCCCUGGCGGAGGCGGCCAAGCCCAGGGGUUGAGAGGCCCCCGCCGGGAGAAAGCUCCUAACCGCUUCUCAGACAAUAAGAAACAAACGGUACAACUCCACAAAAGGCUGCCCGGAAAAUAAGUGUCAAAUAAAUCCUACAGAACUCUCGCUUCUGCCACCGAGCUCUGUCUAUGCAAACCUGUUUUCAUGCCUUCGCUGCCCGGAUUGAGCCUCGUUUGUUUGGAAAUGUUUUUGAGUCAUGAUGCAAGAAUCUGGGACUGAGACGAAAAGCAACGGUUCAGCCAUCCAGAAUGGGUCGAGCGGCGGCAACCACUUGCUAGAGUGUAGCAGCCUCCGGGAGGGCCGGUCCAACGGGGAGACGCCCGCCGUGGACAUCGGCACAGCCGACCUCACCCACGUCCAGCAGCAGCAGCAACAGCAGCAGCAGCAGCAGCAGCAGCAGAAACAGCCAGAACCCAUCUACAGCAAGAAGACGGAAAUCCAAAGGCAGACAGUACGAGCUCUCGCCGUCAAACUCUGCGUUUUCUCUGCUCUUCAGGUGGCAAGACAGCUCCUCCUACAGCAGCAACAGCAGCAGCAAGUUAGUGGAUUAAAAUCUCCCAAGAGGAAUGACAAACAACCAGCUCUUCAGGUGCCCGCGUCAGUGGCUAUGAUGACGCCGCAAGUUAUCACUCCCCAGCAAAUGCAGCAGAUCCUCCAGCAACAAGUGCUGAGCCCUCAGCAGCUGCAGGUUCUCCUCCAGCAGCAGCAGGCCCUCAUGCUCCAACAGCAGCAGCUUCAAGAGUUUUAUAAAAAACAGCAGGAACAGUUGCAGCUUCAACUUCUACAACAACAACAUGCUGGAAAACAGCCUAAAGAGCAGCAGCAGGUGGCUACCCAGCAGUUGGCUUUUCAGCAGCAGCUUCUACAGAUGCAGCAGUUACAGCAGCAGCACCUCCUGUCUUUGCAACGCCAAGGCCUUCUAACAAUUCAGCCCGGGCAGCCCACCCUUCCCCUUCAACCUCUUGCGCAAGGCAUGAUUCCAACAGAACUGCAGCAGCUCUGGAAAGAAGUGACAAGCGCUCAUACUGCAGAGGAGAACCCGGGCAGCAACCACAGCAGCCUGGACCUGACCACGACCUGUGUCUCCUCCUCUGCGCCUUCCAAGACCUCCUUAAUAAUGAACCCACAUGCCUCUACCAACGGACAGCUCUCAGUCCACACUCCCAAAAGGGAAAGUUUGUCCCAUGAGGAACAUCCCCAUAGCCACCCUCUCUAUGGACACGGCGUGUGCAAGUGGCCAGGCUGUGAAGCAGUGUGUGAAGAUUUCCAGUCGUUUCUAAAACAUCUCAACAGUGAGCAUGCGCUGGACGAUAGAAGUACAGCCCAAUGUAGAGUACAAAUGCAGGUUGUACAGCAGUUAGAGCUACAGCUUGCAAAAGACAAAGAACGCCUGCAAGCCAUGAUGACCCACCUGCACGUGAAGUCUACAGAACCCAAAGCUGCCCCUCAGCCCCUGAAUCUGGUGUCAAGCGUCACGCUCUCCAAGUCCGCAUCAGAGGCUUCUCCACAGAGCUUACCUCAUACUCCAACGACCCCCACCGCCCCCCUCACUCCCGUCACCCAAGGCCCCUCUGUCAUCACCACCACCAGCAUGCACACGGUGGGGCCCAUCCGCAGGCGGUACUCAGACAAAUACAACGUGCCCAUUUCUUCAGCAGAUAUUGCGCAGAACCAAGAAUUUUAUAAGAACGCAGAAGUUAGACCACCAUUUACAUAUGCAUCUUUAAUUAGGCAGGCCAUUCUCGAAUCUCCAGAAAAGCAGCUAACACUAAAUGAAAUUUAUAACUGGUUCACACGCAUGUUUGCUUACUUCCGGCGCAACGCAGCCACGUGGAAGAAUGCAGUGCGUCAUAAUCUUAGUCUUCACAAGUGUUUUGUGCGAGUAGAAAACGUUAAAGGGGCAGUAUGGACAGUGGAUGAAGUAGAAUUCCAAAAACGAAGGCCACAAAAGAUCAGUGGUAACCCUUCCCUUAUUAAAAACAUGCAGAGCAGCCACGCCUACUGCACACCUCUCAAUGCAGCUUUACAGGCUUCGAUGGCUGAGAAUAGUAUACCUCUCUACACUACUGCUUCCAUGGGAAAUCCCACUCUGGGCAAUUUAGCCAGCGCAAUACGGGAAGAACUGAAUGGGGCAAUGGAGCAUACCAACAGCAACGAGAGCGACAGCAGUCCGGGCAGAUCCCCUAUGCAAGCCGUACAUCCUGUACACGUCAAAGAGGAGCCUCUCGACCCAGAGGAAGCUGAAGGGCCUCUGUCUUUAGUGACAACAGCCAACCACAGUCCAGAUUUUGACCACGACAGAGAUUAUGAAGAUGAAGCAGUAAAUGAGGACAUGGAGUGAACGUCUGGGUGGGCCGACCCCAAGAAUGAAGAUUGGAAAAAGAAAAAAAAAAAACACAAAAAACAAAAAACCACGUCAAAAGUUAGCAGUGAAAUUGUUCUCCAUUUGUUGUACAGUCUGGAGGAUUUUCACUACAUUUUGACAACUCUGAAAUGUGUUAACUCUUAGUGCCAUCAAGAAUCCCAUUUGGGAGUAUUUUUGAUUUUUCUACUUUUUGUUGAAAAAAGGAAUUUGUACUCUGUGCAUUGGAUGGACUUGUUUGGUACUUGGGAUUUUCCUCUCUUAACAGUCAACAUCAGUGUUGUAAAUUUACUAAACUGAUUCACUUUUAGCAGCAGACUUUGAACUGCAGUCCUGCCAACGUUGGACACUGAGGACACCCGACUGAGCUUGUGCACCUAAGCUGCAGACCAAGCCUUUGCCCAGAAUUUAAGGAUUCCAAUGGACGACCUAUUUGCACAGUACUGCAUGUUGAUUAUCACUGCCUUUACUCCAUUUUUUUUUUUUUUUUUUUUUUUGCUUCCAGUUGGGAUGGGGAAGGCCUUUGUGUGUGUAUUGGGGGGAGGGGUUAAAAAUAAUUAUCCCAAACUUUUUAAUGUAUUGCUUUUUUUUUUUUUUUGGCUUCUACUAUACCAUUUUAAGUUCUGACCUCAGGCCUCCAUUUGGGCCCAUGGCCUCUUGGAGGCUUAAAGUUUUCUGUACCUUGUGAUGAAUGUUAAUAGGUGUUUUUAUUAUACAAAGCUGAAUGUCAUUUCUCGUUUGUAGUUUUCUGUCACUCAUUCCAUUUCCCUUCAGACAUCACCAUGUUUCUCUAAAGUCAGAAAACAUUCCGUUUUGGUCUUUUUCUAAAAGGUCCCAAAUGCUGCACUCUACACAUGAAGGUCCUCUCACACAGACGUGACAUCCUGCCAGAAAGAGAAUGAAUGACAGAAAAAAAAAAAAAGACACUCUAGGAACAAUGCAGAUUCAUUCCACAGAGCAGUAUUGGGGGUGGUAAGGGGGUUGUUUCAGAUAUCCUCCUCCUCUAUUUUUAUUUUCUGCAGCUACCAUCAUUCUUAAUAAAUGCCACAGCAUUUUACCAGCACAAGGAAAUAUAAGCAGCACCAGAAAAAAGAUCCCAUCAUAAUUAGACUGAAAAUACGGCCAUGGAAGGCUCUCUCUCUCUCUCUUCUGUAACUAAGGGGCAAUGGGCAGCAGUCUCUCUCUUAGAACCAGCAUGGGUGGCUUUGUUUGCAAGACGGCCAUAAAUAUGGCUGGCUUCUCUGAGCAGCUUUGCAAAAACAUGGUUUACAGGUCAGUUCAGACCUCUUUGGUGUGGCAUUAAUCUGUUUGAAUGCAAAUUAGAUUUCAGAUUGAACCUGUAUGGCAGUUAAUGAGGGCUGAGUUCAGCAAAUGCUCAAGUAUUAAUUUCCAAUGUGCAAAUUUGGUACUGCAAUUCAGAUUGUUAUGCAAUAUUAUCACACCUACCCAGUAUCAAAAACCAAUACAAGACAUUGGGCAAAUGGAGGAGGCUCACCUCAGCCUUCAGCUUGUGAGGGAUCCAACAUGGCACGCAGAAUGUGCUGGUGACAGGUCAGUCCCAUCUGCAUCUUCAGAACCCCUCAACACCUCCAGUCUGCAUCCACUUUCCUGUCAUUUGUUUAUCUAGGACCGUAGAUUUUUAGUUUGAGAGCCUUUUGAAGCUUAAUUUAUAUUCUUCAUACCUUUUUUCCCCUAAAAUUACCAAAGAUGUUACACAAAGGUAAAUUAUGUUCUCUGUUUUAUGCUUUAUCUGAUGAAGCCAAAUAUCCUCUUAUUGUUGAUCAAAGGAGGCGAAAGAAUUUAGAGGCAAAUGAAGAGAUGUAGGCUAUUGCUAACCUGAGAAAGAGAACUGCUCCUUCAUCUUAGAGUAAAUUUAGAAGACCAAGUAGAUAAUGGAACCAAAGUUGUUACUUUUUUCUAGUUGUUUUCUUUUUUCUUUUUGUUUUCCUGUACCUCUACUGAGACCAAAACUCAUUUUCUAUAAAGAGAAAUCAUGGGACUACAGAAGAUUAAACAUAGGACACAGUAUUAAAGGAGCGACAGAAGGAAGGGAGUCCCAUCUCAAAGAAAAAGAAAUUAAUGUGUGCCACUGAAAACUAGGGUAUCCAAUAGAGGAGAGACAGACAGUUAAAAUUUGGAGAGAACAAAAAAGCUUCCACAAUUGAACUAGACCACAUAAUAGUAUUUCUAGAAUAAAAGACAUUUUUUAGAAAGAUUGUAUGCCACUUUUGUUUAAGAACCGUGCUAUGAUCACUGCAUUAAUUUUGGUUUAUCUUGGCAUAUGGCCUCUAGUUUGUUUUUCCUUUUUCCUUCCUUUACUCGGAUUAGGCUUUGGUCAGCAUUUUUCAUUUACAAAAAAGUAACACUCCCGUCCACUCAUAAGCUUGGUACAAAAACCUCUUUGGCAAUUACUUUUGAAGCUUCACUCUGCUUUCUGUAUAAAGGGCAGUCUGUGGUCACUCAAGACUUUUUUUUUAAACUUUUCCAGGCAGCUUCAUGAUGUGCAGGCAGUAGCCAGACAGGGUCAUGGGAAGGGGGCCCUGUGCUUCUAAACUGAGUGGUUGCUGGUUAGUUUGGUAUUCAAAAAGAGGAUAAAAAUCUGGUAGAUUAGUUCAUUCUCAGCAUGUGUAGCUAGACAUGAGUAAAGAUAACAGCAUGAGAAACUGUUAGUACGCAUACCUCAGUUCAAACCUUUAGGGAAUGAUUAAAAUAAAAAAAAAAUACAUUUCACUCAGUUGCACUUAGUCGCGUAUGUCUUGCAUGCUUAGUCUAAAGACUGUAGCAAAAAAAAAAAAAAGAAAAAUUAGAUUUUUACAUAUCUUUGCAGGUAUCACAGCCUUGCAGAAGAACCAACUGAAAAAAAAUAUUCUCAGGCUUCACAGCAAGCAGACUUCACUAUGGUUUUUACAAUUCUGAAUCUGUAUCCCUUGGGGGUAUUCCAGGCGCUUCUUUAGGAUGGGGUUUAUUAUGUUGUACAUAUAUCCCAAUGUGUCUGUGUGAUCUUUGUCUUUUUUGGGGGAGGGCGGAGGGUGGUUCUUUUUUUAGAUACUGUUCCUAAAAAGGAAUAAAUGCAUACACCUGUUUGUCAAAACACCUUUGCUUUUUGUGCAACUGCUUUGUAUUAACGAUACUUUAAAAAAUAUCUUUGGAAAAAAACUACUGUAUGUAAUGGAAUUGCAGAAUAUGCUGCACAUGUAUUUUAUUUAGUUAUUCUUGCUUUACAAAUAUUGGAUGACAUUUCCUGACAUGUAGGAGGAGGGACAAACUCCCCCCGCCCCCUUUGGCUUUUAAAUUGUAACAUAGUUGACAGAUUUUUUUUUUCUGUUCUCAUUGAUUAGAGCAUUUUGUACAGGUUUUUAUGUGUGUGUGCGCGUGUGUGUGCGUGUAUGUUAAUCUGUUUUUUGAUACAUUCCUAUCCCUUGUGUUUAUCCUACCACUGCCUUCCUGGCUAUCUUAAACAAGUUCAUACAUUUGGAAAGAGAAAAAAAUAUUGUUUAAAAAAAUGUUUCUCCUGCUGCAGUAAAUAUUUUGCAUGAUGAAAUUCCAGGGUCACACUUUCAAAGUUUAUCAGUGAAGUAGUGAUUAAUAAUGGGGAGUGUCAAAAUACUGAAUCUUUAUAUAAAAAAAACUUUACAAGGUGCCAAGAUGUAAAGACAAUUUGUUACUUUAUUUUUUCUUAAAGAAAAGCGUACAUGAGGGAGGUAGUCCUAUGCAUCAGACAAAUGUGCUGUCACCUAUGAGGAUCCCUGGACUCAUCCCUAGAGUCUGACCAUAUACCACGAGUUAGGCUGCCUCAUUGGAUGAGCAAUGACAGGAAGUACCAAGGCUUAUGUAGCUAAGGAGUGACUGCCAGUCCUGCCACCUUUGGAUAGCUCUAAUAUAAAUAGUAAUACCUCCUACAGCAUUCCAUUAGACCUAGGAAAGAAAACCUUUGGUUCUUAACCCCAAAUAUGUAAGUCAUUAGCUUUUUUAUCACAUACACAAAGUAGAAUUAAAAAAUAUGUCCUCUCCUUUCCACAUUCCAGUUGAGCUCCAUUUCCAAGGGCACAAAAAUGCACGUGCUUGUAGGGAUUUUCAGUCUUCUGGUACCUUUUAUUUACUGUCAUACCCUCCUGAUAUUUUGGAAGUCAAUUUCACUUUCUGAUCCUGAGAAUCAGAUUUAUAAUUCUAAAGGCGUUUCACGGGCCAUGUGUGGCUCAUGCCCUCUCUGCUACCACAAGCCGUGAUGAAGAUGGUACAGUCCAGACUGUGAGCAUGCUGCUUCAUAUGUAUGUGCUGCCAGUAACAGAAAAAAAUUCUGUUUUGUUUUGUUUUGAUAAGGCAUAAAAGAAACUCAUUCCUUGACAUCAACUGUAAUUCCAUCAUUCCGUGUCUGUGGAUACAGACAAUAAAAAAAAUGUUGUGUAGUCAGUACUAAUUACUGACAUUAUAGCAUUCUCAAAUGCAAUAAAAAUGCUGGUGUUCACACUGGUAGUAAAAGUC